CCAGUCUCACUACAUCUUCCACGGUUUCACCUGAACUGUUAAAAGAAGAUCUAAAACCAAUUUGAUAGCCGCUGGCCGGAAUUUCAUCUCCGGCGGGCGUUCAACUAUUUCAUUAUUUGGAUCUUCUUUUACCAUUCUCUCUCCCAAGCAAAACAGUUCAAAAUCCAACUUCAAAUUCCAAAUAUCUCCAAAAUCAACAAAAGCUCGAUCUUUCUAAUCUUAAACCCUCGAUUUCUUUUGCUGCAUCUUGUUGUAUGAAACCUGUAACGUGCAAACUAUGAUGUCUUGCUCCAACAUAUCAACAACGGUCUCCUUAAAACCUUCAAUUUGUGACCCCUCUUCAAUUUCUUCCCCAUCUCAGCUCAACCCCCAUCGCAUAUUAAAUUAUCAAACAAUUACAGAUACAAAAAGGUUUGAUUUUUAUCAUAUUUCGAGAGCGCCCCUUAUUCAAAAUGGCCUCCGUGAGCUCAGGGAGCGGAUGGAAACAGUAAAAAACACCCAAAAAGUGACAGAAGCAAUGAUGCUAGUUGCAGCUGCAAAAGUGCGGAGAGCCCAAGAAGCAGUAAUCAAUAGCAGACCAUUUGCAGAGGCCCUUGUUGAAGUCUUGUACGAUAUCAAUGAGCAGCUUCAGUUGGAUGAUAUAGAUGUUCCUUUAACAAAUAUUAGGCCAGUCAAGAAAGUUGCUCUCGUUGUGAUGACUGGAGAUAGAGGUCUUUGUGGGGGUUUCAAUAAUGUUAUGCUGAAAAAGGCUGAGGCCCGGAUUAAGGAGUUGAGGAAUCUUGGAUUGGAUUAUUAUUUGAUUAGUGUUGGGAAAAAGGGCAAUGCUUACUUUCAUAGAAGGGAUGGUUUGUUUGUGGGUAGAUUUGUCGAGAGCGGGGGAUUUCCUACUUCUAAAGAAGCUCAAGUGAUUGCUGAUGACGUUUUUUCUCUGUUUGUUAGUGAGGAAGUUGAUAAAGUUGAGCUACUGUAUACCAAAUUUGUGUCAUUGAUAAAGUCUGAUCCAGUAAUUCAUACUUUGCUUCCACUGUCUGCUAAAGGAGAGCUUUAUGAUGUAAAUGGCAAACGUGUUGGUGUAGGCAAAGAUGAGUUUUUCCGAUUGACAACAAAAGAAGGGAGAUUGACUGUGGAGAGGGAUCGCCCAAUUCGAAAAAAGAGGGAAUUUUUGCCUAAUUUGGAGUUUGAGCAAGACCCUGCUCAGAUUCUUGAUGCAUUGAUGCCACUUUAUUUAAAUAGUCAGAUUCUGAGGGCAUUGCAGGAGUCAUUUGCUAGUGAGCUAGCUGCAAGGAUGAAUGCAAUGAGCAAUGCCACUGAGAAUGCGGUGGAGUUGAAGAAGAACCUUUCCAUUACUUAUAACAGGGAAAGGCAAGCUAAGAUCACAGGGGAGAUCUUGGAAAUUGUUGCUGGAGCAGAGGCACUUAUUUAGUUUGUUUCGGUUUUGGCUAUGCAAUCUUUAAUUCAUUGUAUGAUCUCUUCUAUGAUUCUAUCCCAAGCCUCUCAAUUCCAAAACUUUUGAA